ACCGGAAGUGCUUCACGUGACAACCGACUUCUCGUCUGACAAACAGCGUAUUUUGUGAAGCAGACUGAAACCGUGACCUCGUCUUAUCCUCUACGUCCCGUGAGCCUGCACGAUGAGGCUGGUCAUUUUGGACGACUAUGACCUGGCCAGUGAGUGGGCAGCGAAAUACAUCCGCAACCGAAUCAUCCAGUUCAAGCCCUCCGCGGAGAGAUACUUCACUCUGGGUUUGCCUACGGGUGAGUAACGCUCUUUCGUUUGUUUGCAGACUAUUUUCUGUCACACUUCGUGAACGUGUCUCGUUGCUUUCAGGGAGCACCCCCUACGGCUGUUACCAGAAGUUAAUAGAAUACCACAUAAGUGGAGAUAUCUCAUUCAAGCACGUGAAGACCUUCAACAUGGAUGAAUAUGUAGGUCUACCUCGUGCUCAUCCCGAGAGCUACCACUCCUACAUGUGGAACAACUUCUUCAAGCACAUCGACAUUGAUCCGGCCAACGCUCACAUCCUGGAUGGAAACGCAAAGGACCUGGAGGCAGAGUGUCAGGCCUACGAGCAGAAGAUCUCAGCGGCUGGAGGAAUCGAGCUGUUUGUAGGAGGGAUCGGCCCUGAUGGUCACAUAGCGUUCAAUGAGCCCGGUUCCAGCCUUGUUUCCAGAACCCGAGUGAAAACGUUGGCAAAGGAUACUAUUGUGGCCAACGCUCGUUUCUUUGGCAACGACCUCACCAAGGUUCCCAGCAUGGCGCUGACUGUGGGCGUUGGAACUGUCAUGAACGCCAAGGAGGUGAUGAUUCUGAUCACAGGGGCACACAAAGCCUUUGCUUUGUAUAAAGCCAUAGAAGAGGGAGUGAACCACAUGUGGACCGUAUCGGCAUUCCAGCAGCACCCGCGCACCAUCUUUGUCUGCAAUGAGGACGCCACCCUGGAGCUACGAGUCAAAACGGUCAAAUACUUCAAAGGGUUAAUGCAUGUUCAUAACAGACUGGUGGACCCAGUGCUCAGCAUCAAGGACCAGCAGAAGGAAGAGAACUGAAGAGGAUGUCCCUGCAUACAACAUGAGUGGGCGGCCCUGUCAUUCUGAGGACCCGUUGAGCCAGUGUUUGAGUGACGGCCCUGGCCCGCUCUUUUAGUCAAUGCAUAGACUUGAACUGCCUUUGGAUGAUGUCGGCAGAUGAUAAUGAAUGACAGGUAAACAAUAGACGGAUACAUUCCCUCUGAGGUUCUUUGUUUAGCAGUUUCCAUUUGAAGGGAUCGGAGCGGUUCACUCAACCUAAUCACCGCAUGUCUUGGUGGUCCUUGGAUCAGUCGUCCUGACGAUAACCAUAAAGCCUUCAUUCUGUUUGGUGUGUGUGAAGAAAACACAGACGACUGUCUCUGAAUGAAACAGUACAGUUUAUAUAUUUGAUAACUCUUUAUGUUAGCUUUGUUUUUUCUUUAGAUAUAUAUAUAGAUGAUAAUGUAGAUUGGUGAUGUCUGUUAAACCAACACAAAUAAACGUGGUCAGAAGAGACUUUUGACUGGUCAAACUGUU